CUCCAGUGCACUCGACCAAUGCGAAUACUACGGCGAUACUAGCGGCGAAGGGCAAAUCCUCUCUCCUGGUCAAUGGUACAAAGGCUCCCGCAACGCAUCAGAUAACCACGACGAACGGUAACCCGCCUUCGUCCUCUGGCUCGUCCUCGUUUGCGGGCUCUCCGGUGAUCACCCGGUCCAGUUCACCGACGAGCACUAACGCUUCCAAGACGUCGUUCGUACGACCACCACUGGCGCUCACCAAACUACAGCACGAACAUUCAGAGGAAGGUGUUGAGCCGUACUCGCCUCACGAUCCCUAUUUCCCAUCGCCCCCUCAUCAUACGUAUACUCAUCACCCACAUCCAAACUAUACACCCUCUCCACAUGGGUACAUUCAUGAUCCUGGAAUCGAACCUGCCGAUCCACAGGUCAUACGGGUGUGGGAACAGAACCUACGCAAGAGACUGCAGCAGGCAUAUCCGCGAAUGUGCUAUUUCUUCCUAUGCGACAAGGACCUAUUCAUCUUGGUCACGGUGUUGACUGUGCAGAGAAUGGCAAAAGCAGACAUGCUGAGUGGGAGACCGGUUGGGAAGCGAAAAGACAGGCAGUUCGUAGACGAUAUCGCGCACUGUAUGUCGGACGCAGAGGUAAGGUAUGACAAGGACGAAGAAUGGAUGACAUGGUGGAGAGAAACACUCUUGACUGUCCAGGCGGGGCUUCAAAGGGGCUGGAUACAUGCGGACAGUCCGUUGGCCUUGCGCUUUUCUGCGAACGCGGACAUUCCUGAUGGUGGCGCAAGAGCGGGGUUUGUCAGCGACGGCGGCGAGGAUCGUGUUUCAGACGAGAUGAGGGGAAAUUGUGCACUCACCUUCCUUCUGGUCGUUGGUAGCAAAGAGACUGUGGAACAAACGACGUUCCAGCCGCAAGCCUUCGGAUAA